AGCAGAGCGGGAGGCGCGAAAGCAUCGAGGUCGAGUCUGCCCGCGAUCCGAGGCCUGUGACCCGCCGCCGAAAUCCCUCCUCGCGAUGUUCGUGGCCCGGAGUAUCGCGGCCGACCACAAAGACCUGAUCCACGAUGUUUCCUUCGACUUCCACGGGAGGAGGAUGGCGACCUGCUCCAGCGAUCAGAGCGUGAAGGUGUGGGACAAGGGUGAAACUGGGGAAUGGCACUGCACAGCCAGCUGGAAGACACACAGUGGGUCAGUGUGGCGAGUGACAUGGGCCCACCCAGAGUUUGGGCAGGUGUUAGCGUCCUGCUCCUUUGAUCGGACAGCAGCUGUGUGGGAGGAGAUUGUGGGAGAAUCGAAUGACAAACUACGAGGACAGAGCCAUUGGGUUAAGAGGACUACACUUGUAGACAGCAGAACCUCAGUGACUGAUGUGAAGUUUGCUCCGAAACACAUGGGUUUGGUUCUGGCCACCUGUUCUGCAGAUGGAGUUGUGCGGAUAUAUGAAGCCCCAGACGUUAUGAAUCUCAGUCAGUGGUCAUUGCAACAUGAGAUCUCAUGCAAAUUAAGCUGCAGCUGUAUUUCCUGGAAUCCUUCCAGUUCCCGCUCUCAUCCCCCUAUGAUUGCGGUGGGCAGUGAUGAUAGCAGCACAAAUGUUGGCGGAAAAGUUCAAAUUUAUGAAUACAAUGAAAACACCAGGAAAUAUGCAAAAGCAGAAACCCUAAUCACCGUUACCGAUCCUGUACAUGAUAUUGCAUUUGCUCCAAACCUUGGACGGUCUUUCCAUAUCCUUGCAGUCGCAAAUAAAGAUGUUCGAAUUUUCACAUUAAAGCCUUUAAGGAAAGAAUUAAGUGGUUCGGGAGGGCCAACAAGAUUUGAAAUCCAGACAGUGGCCCAGUUUGAUAACCACAACUCGCAGGUAUGGCGUGUAAGCUGGAACAUCACUGGUACGGUCUUGGCGUCCUCUGGAGAUGAUGGCUGUGUCAGAUUAUGGAAAGCUAACUAUAUGGACAAUUGGAAAUGUACUGGCAUUUUGAAAGGGGAUGGAAGUCCUGUAAAUAAUGCUUUACUCCAACAGCCAAUGGCAGGUCUUGGUUCUUCAGCAUUUAACAGUGCCACCACACAGAAUGCACUUAAUGGAGCAUCUUCUGCAGGAAGGUAUUUCUUUCCCCCUUCGGAUCAUGCUCGGGCUGGAUCAAGAUGGUCCAGUUAUGCCCAGCUUCUUCCUCUUCCUCCUCCUGUUUCUCUUCCUCCUAUGGCAGAACAGUCUUGUGAUGCUGAUACAACUCACCUUCAGUAUCGUAACCCUCACAGUCAAUACUCCUGCAGAGCUCUCAAUUCCUUGCCAGAGAAUGAGGGGGUGCAAUAAAAAGGCAUACUUAUGCAGAGCCGGUAAUUGUAUAUGUUUCUGCUAAGUUAAAUUUACACCCUUCCUCACUUCUUUUGAAAAAUGUUCUUUGUAUUGGGAUUCCAACACUCAUAAAAUGUGUCAAUCAUCUGAUGUUGAAUUGUCUGUCUCAGUUACCCGAGUAGGUCCAAAAUGUUUGAGUGGAAAGCUGGCUUUGACAUCUAUAUAUGAUAACGAACAGUUAAUACGUCAAGUUAAACUUACAAAAUUAUGUGCCUUAGAAGUGCCGACUGUUAAUUGACUUUUAAUGAAGAUUAACUUGUAUCGUAAAGGAAUUCUGAAAUAAAUAUUUAAUUUUGAAAUAGUCAGUUGUCAUAUAUGUAAUUUUGGUGUUCCAACUGAGAGAAAAUUCUGUGUUUAACAUGCAUUGCCAAUCUAAAACAGAGUGGUGCAUGGUUGUUUAGUAAGAUGACCAUAUCUCUGAGCUGAAACAGAUCUUGCACAGUCAGUAUUUUACUAAACAUUUGUACAUAUAAUGGUAAGAAAUUGCAUUUAAGAAUGAAU